UAACUAAUGAUUGACACGAUGUAUGUCUCUCUCGUGAAUAGAUUUCCAAGCUAUGAUCAUUUGAUGGCAUUUUGGUUUUUGAUUGAGCCUUGCAUCUAUAAAAUGAUCCGGGUUUCAAGAGCCAAGUCAGCUGCCAAUAGGAACGAAGAAGUGUUGACACCUGCACGCACAUCAAUGAGGCAGCUGCUACAGCCAAUUGACGAGUUCUUUCUUUUCCUGGUUUUCCUGUCAGGUGGUUUGAAGGAGAGGGACCUGGCACACCGAUUUAACAUACACCAGUCCACAGUGAGCCGCAUUAUUGCAACAUGGACAAAUUUUCUUGCCACUGCACUGGGGUCUCAAUGCAUCUGGCUUACACGUGAAGAAGUGCAAGCUUACCUCCCUGAGGAAUUCAAAGAUUUCUCAGACACCCAGAUGAUCCUUGACUGUACAGAGCUGAGGUGUCAGACACCAUCCUCACCACUUCUCCAGAGUGAAACGUACUCUUCGUACAAAUCCCACUGUACGAUGAAAGCCCUGGUUGGCAUAGCUCCACAUGGUCCAGUGACAUUCAUCUCUAAUCUGUACGCAGGUUCGGUUAGUGACAAGGAACUAUUCAAACAAUCAGGCAUUGCUGAGAAGUUGACUGAAGACAUGGCAGUGAUGGUAGAUAAGGGCUUCCUAAUCACCGAUUGUUGUAAAUGCAAAGUGUACUGCCCACCUUUUCUAUCUAAGCAGAAGCAGAUGCCAGCAUACCAGGUUAAGGAGACGCAGGCCAUAGCCAGACUCAGGGUACAUGUGGAGCGAGUCAUUAGGAGGAUAAAACAGAACAAACUUUUUGAUAGCAUUAUUACCAUGUCACAUGUUUACAAUAUCAACCAACUGUUUGCAGUAGCAUGCUUGCUGUCAAAUUACCAGAACACAGCAUUAGUUAAAAAAUGGGUUAAGUGAGACAAGAUGGACUUUUCCCAAGACACCAGUGCCAGUACAACUUAUGGAAAAUGACCUGCAGCUGAGGCCACUACAGUUGCAUUUCUUCCUUGACAAAACUUGAUUACAGAACUGGUACUUGAGUGCUGAUAGUUGAGUUCCAGUUAUUGAUAAUUCUAAUUCAUUGCAAAUGUUGAAUGUUAAUAAUACUGUUUAAUUAUAAUACUAUAUUACUAUUCAUAUUCAACAAAAUUGUUUAUCAAAAUUAUGAAGUAAAUCACUAAAUCGUUUUAAAAUCAUAAGUGACAUUGUGCUUUUGUAACAUCCAAAAUACCAUUUGUCAUUUUCUUCCCUCAGUUGUGUUAUUGUCUAAAUGUAUGUCAGUAUGCUAGGCAUGGAGUGUUAAAUACUUACCAUGUAAAUAAGUUCUACAGAAAUUCAAUCUUUAAAUGUGUGUUUUUAAAAAAUGAAAUUGAUGCCAUUGCUUAAAUAACAGUUUAUUGAUUUCACAUAAAAGUAACAUGU